AGGAAAGCGCAGUGGACUUCGCUGCCUAGGUGAGCGGCGGGCAGUGCUGGGUUUGAAACCCUCUUGAGGCUUGCACUGCCGCCUUGCUGGGAAGGAUUCGAACCCGCUUCGGAUAUAUUAGGAAGGUGUGAUUUCCAAAGCCAGUUAUGAAGACAUUUGUCAUUGGAAUUGGUGGCGUGACAAACGGAGGGAAGACUACCCUGGCUAAGAACUUGCAGAAACACCUUCCCAAUUGCAGCGUCAUAUCUCAGGAUGACUUCUUCAAGCCAGAGUCUGAGAUAGACAUAGAUGAAAAUGGUUUUUUGCAGUAUGAUGUGCUUGAAGCACUUAAUAUGGAAAAAAUGAUGUCAGCCAUUUCCUGUUGGAUGGAAAACCCAGGAAGCUCUGCGGGACCAGCAGCCUUGGAAAGUGCUCAAGGGGUUCCCAUUUUAAUUAUUGAAGGUUUCCUUCUCUUUAAUUAUAAGCCUCUGGACACCAUAUGGAACAGAAGCUACUUCCUGACCGUUCCAUAUGAAGAAUGCAAGAGGAGAAGGAGUACCAGAGUAUAUGAGCCUCCAGACCCUCCAGGGUACUUCGAUGGCCACGUGUGGCCCAUGUACCUAAAGCACAGACAGGAUAUGAACUCCAUUACCUGGGACAUCAUUUACCUGGAUGGAACAAGGUCUGAAGAGGACCUCUUUUCUCAGGUGUAUGAAGAUGUCAAGCGAGAACUAGAGAAGCAAAAUGGUUUGUGAUAUCACCACACAGAUGGAGUACAGUGAGUUCCCGAGAUGGAUUCAGCAACUUGAAGGGCUAUUCUGAAGGACAUUAACAGGGUUGCAGAAUGUCCCACAGGACAGUGGCAACUCGUCUGUAUGUUCACUUUUAUCCCACUUUCCCCAACAUCCAGAGCCGUGUGUGCCCAUGCCAUCAGACAGAAACCUCUCCCCAAAACAAGAAUGGCUUGAUCUCACCCUGCAGGAGGCACAGCACAAUUCAUGCACAGAGGGUCAAUUCCUCUAUAGGAACAAAAGCCAAGAGCUCCCAACUGUUACAUAGCACAAGAAGACCAUUGUCGUCAAGGCCAACAAUGUGUGCUAUGCUGUGUGCGUUUCUGCGUUUGUGUGUAUAGUUGUGUGUCCAAGUCUGUAUGUAUAUUUAUGUAUGUAUACAUAUACUCAAAGACUACAAAAUGAACCAUGUAUAUACUACACAGAAUUUUUUUCCAGUUUUUAUUUUGUUUGUAUUGAUUAUAAUAUAUAAUUUGAAAAAUGAUCUCAUAGCAGUGCUCCCACACACACACCUGCAACCAGCAGCAUUACCCAAAGUCAUGGUCUCACAUUGACUGAGUCAGCACUUUACUGCAGAGUCUGGAGACUUCCUGCUUAUAGCCAUAGGUUCUCUUGUAUUUGUUGAAUCCUGUGUGUCUCUGUGAGAUUUUUUUAUGUUGAUAGAAGUUUUUGGUAGGUUUUACUUGGUUUUCUGAAGCUAACACUCUGAAUACAGAAUCAUAUAGCUUCUUCAAUCAUAUAUGAAAUCAGGGCCUUUCUUAGAAAAGCACAGGCAGAGCAAGAUUCUGCUGAAGGGACCCUGAUUUUGCGGCCUCUUGUGAGGCUAUGCCAGUGCC